CGAAGGGAACCGAGCUUGCGGAUUCCGCAGUUCAGGUCGGGCAGGAGCCAGAGAGCAAGAGAGAGCGCGCGGCGCGUAAAAACGCAGCCACCCCCGAAAUAAGGAAAACGCAGCGGAGCGCGGAGCAUCCCAGCUGAGCCAAGCCUUUUUCUCUCUCCCCACCCCCCUAACUCUCCACUUCCCCUCCCUCUUAAGUCUGGGCCCGGCGAUGGGGAAGGUCCAGCUCUUCGAGAUCCGCUUGAGCGACAGCCGGGUGGUCUACAGCCCAGGCGAGCCCCUGGUCGGAAGCGUCACCGUCCGCUUAGCCGGAGCUCUCCAAUAUCGCGCCAUCAAAGUGAGCUGCGUGGGCUCCUGUGGAGUGUCCAGCAAGAUAAACGACACGGCGUGGACUGUGGAAGAGCAGUAUUUCAAUACCACGCUGUCCCUGGCAGAUAAAGGGAUGCUGUCCACUGGCGAGCACACCUUUCCGUUCCGUUUUUUGCUGCCAGGUACUUGGGAUUUUUUCUUCCUGUUCUCUGGUACAGCCUCGGCCCCCACCUCCUUCGAAGGUCCUUUUGGAAAGGUGAUGCACCAGGUGAAAGCUGUUAUCGAGACCCCACGGUUUUCCAAGGACCACAAGUGCCACAAGGUCUUCUACGUUCUCUGUCCGCUGAAUCUGAACGAUAUCCCAGAUAUUGAGCAAUGCAACACCAACUCCAUCACCAAGAAGUUCAGCUACAAGCUUGUGAAAACGGGAAACGUGGUUUUAACGGCCACCACCGAUCUCAAGGGUUACACCGUCGGGCAGGUCAUCCAGUUGCGAACGGACAUCGAGAACAAAUCUGGCCGGGACACCAGCACCAUUGUGGCAAGCCUCAUCCAGAAAGUUGCCUAUAAAUCCAGGCGGUGGAUUUACGACUUGAGGAGCAUAGCAGAAGUGGAAGGCUCGGCGGUGAAAGCCUGGAAGCACGCGGAGUGGAAAGAGCAGAUCCUCGUCCCGGCGUUGCCACAAUCCAUUCUGCAAGGCUGCAGUCUUAUCCAUAUCGAUUACUACAUCCAGGUCUCCCUCAAGUCCCCCGAAGUCUCCGUCGCGUUACCCAUUUACAUCGGCAACAUUCCUGUCAACCGGAUCCCCCUAAGCCCUUCCCACCUGCUCCCCAACAUUCCCUCCCCUGUGGUUCCCAGCGCACCUCCCGAAGAAGAGGAAGCAGCCGGGGGUUAUUCCCACCCCAUGGACAAUAUUUCAAUCCCGACCAAGAGCCAUUCUCAACAGCAGCCCUUCAGCUACGCCCCGGGAUUGAGUUUCCCGGAAGCCAGAGCGGAUUCUGAACAGAUCACCUCCCCCAACCGUCCCACGCUGUGCUUGUCCACGGGGUCGACGAUUCCUUAUUACGCCGAAGGCGCUGUCGUCCCGGUGGCCACGGCCAGUUCUUUGAUCCUACCGCCCGAGUAUAGCACCUGGGGUUAUCCAUACGAGGCCCCUCCUUCGUACGAACAGAGUUGUAGCAGUGCGGCCUCCAGCUUGAGCAACGACAACUAGGAUCUGAAGACGACCGCCGUGAAUCGGGAGGGAAGGAAGGAACGGUACACAGCGUCGCUCGGAAGAGGUUAGCCUCACCUGGCCACGGGCUGCUGUUGGCUGCCGCUCACCAAUGCGAAGGAUGCCUUUUUGACAUCCCACCUGUGACCUGUGCAAUCCUGCCACCUCUUUUUGCUGCUUUUUACUCUCCAAAACACCUGUGAUGCCUUAUCGGGGGAAUGGUACCAGAAUCCAAGAAGGUUGGAUGGACUUUUCAAGCAUUUGAGGAUGUAUCGUUUUUCUGGUUUUGGAGUGCUGCUCUUUGAAUUCCCACCCUGGGAUUGACUCUCUGGACAGUUCCAUUUGGUUCUCCUGCCUUGACGUUCUAGAGAGCAAGGGAAAUAUUGCCGGAGAGCUCGUUUCGACAUUCCCGUGAUCCACGGACAUCCUUUUUUCCCCACAACGGUGUCAACAGGUUAUCGGCCGGAGUUCUUGCAGCCUUUCGAACUUGGUGCCUGUAUAUUGGAGCUUUAUCAAGGUUGGAGAUCUGUCACCACAGGAGAAAGAUGGAAGCCUUUUUCGUAGUGCCGAGCCAACCUUGGAUAGUAGAAAGGAUCUUUCUUGAUGUUAGCUUGGCCUCCAAUGACCAAUGAAGUCCUAUCGUGUUCAAUCCUGGUUGGCCAGGAUUCGUUCCAGAUAACAUCUUCGACCAUUGUGUCUCUGAGCAUGAGUAGAUCCUUAACUUCUUCUCCUGAAUCCUCCUCAACAUUGACUUUCCAUCCGGUUGGUAGCAUCUGACAAUCAUGGCUUGUGUCCCAACUUCUACCUCAUGGGCCUUCCUGUUUCCCACGAAACAAGAUGGAACCACGAGAAGGGGUAGAGAGAGAGAGAGAUGCAGCUAAAAUUUUAAGUACCUAUCUAAUUUCGAAAAAAAAACAUACACACGAAAACAAAGAUCUUAUAUCUCAAGGAGCUUUUGACCACAUAGGACUUGGUCCUAAUUGUCCUGUUGUUUGCACCAUCAGUUUCUCUGGCUGGUGAUCCCUGGCCCAAUCGUGGCUGGUUAGUUAUUUUUAAUCAUUGUCAUUAUUUUUUAAAAUUUUUUCUUCAAAAUGGAAGCUUCCCAAACCUCACUGCCUCGAUCGUCUCUCAACCAUCAAGGUAGCUUCAGGUGCUUAAUUGAGAAGCAGAGGGCAGGUUUCUUAUCAAUGCAUUUCCGGAGACCUAAAACCUCCCCCAUUCAUCCAAUCUAAUUUUCUUCUCCUUUCCUGUCGACUGUGAAAUUACUCAAUGGUUACUAUCUCCCACCCUUUUCACAGAAUCUCAGUUGCGUGGACACAACCCACGCGGACGCCUAAAAUCAACUUUUUUUUAAAAAAAUAAGGCGAUUGAAACCUCUCUUCCCCCUCUCUCUGUCUGUCUCUCUCUCUCUCUCGGUUUUCAAUCGACCUGUUUUGAUUGUGAAAUUUUAAUGAAAAAAACAAUUUUAAUGUAUUUAAUAAAUUAUUCUGAGAAAAACUGCCAGAA